AUGGACAACAACCCCCUGCCCCAGCGCCCCAAACAGUCCCUCCACAUCCCAGAAGACCAGCGAUACGUCUACCAGCCCAUCAAAGAAGCCAAGUCCGUCCGCUUCCUCAUCCUACAGCCCGGCUCCGGCUCCGACCCCUUAAUCGGGGGCCUCCAGCUCGGGAGUCUGGACGCAGCAGAGCUCGGCGAGCUGCCCCCUUACGAAGCAAUCUCCUACGUCUGGGGCACGAGUGACCGGCUCGCCACGCUGCUCUGCGACGGCGCCGUCCUGCCACUGACGCAGAGCAUCCGGGAUGCGUUGGUGAGGGUCCGGCUGCCGGAUCGGGCGCGCCGGCUGUGGGCAGAUCAGAUAUGCAUCAACCAGGACGACGUGGCGGAGCGCAGCCAGCAGGUGAAGCUCAUGAAUGCCGUGUACAAGAACGCGAGCAAGGUGCUUGUGUGGUUGGGGAGGGACGCAGAUGGAGUCGCGGCGGACGCGGUGCGAAUGGUGCAUUAUCUGGAUGGCGUGUUCAAGGACGACGAGGCGCACGAGGCGUUCAAGGUUGCGCAUGAGGAGCAUCUGGCGAUGCAGAGCGCGGAGAGAUGGAUUCCUCUGGCGAAGCUGACCAAGCUGCCGUGGUUCCACCGGAUAUGGAUCGUCCAAGAGAUCGGAACCACCGCCCCGGCGACGCUCUACUGGGGCGACGUGGAGAUGGACUGGGACACGCUCUCCUUCGUGGCGGGCAUCCUCAACGAGCGAUACCACCACCUGCGCACGCGCUUCUUCAUCGGCACCUCCAACAUCCGCUACCUGCGCCAGCGCUUCGUCGAGCCCGCCGAGGCGCACGACAGCCAGUUCCACAACAGGGGCACCUUCGCCUACGAGCUGCACCGCGCGCGGCACCUCCUCGCGCAGGACCCGCGGGACCACGUGUACGCCUUUCUGGGGCACUUCUCCCUGACCAAGGGCGGCAGCAAGGAGCUCCGGGGCCUGGUGGCGGACUACUCCAAGAGCGUCGAGGAGGUCUACCUCGACGUCGCGGUGCGCGGCCUCAGGGGCGCAGACGACCUCAUCAUGCUGUCCGCGACGCACCACAGCCGGCCCAACAACAGGAGGCGCGCGCCGGGGAACGAGCGGCACUUGGAUCUGCCCUCGUGGGUGCCUGACUGGCGGGACCUGCCGAUGCACAUCCUCGGGUCACCGGCGGUGCCGCAUCGGGCGUCGGGGGACACGAGGCCGGAGCUGACGAUUGACGAGGAGGCGAGGGUGCUGCAUAUCCGGGGCGUCAGGGUCGACGUUGUGGAGCGGCAUUCGUGGACGAUUUACGGGACGGCGUUUCAGGUGCGGCAGGACGAUCAGGGGUCGAACAGGAAGAACGACCAAUACGUCUCCCGGACACACCCCAUGGAGGUCCUCUGGAAGCAAAUCUGCGGCUUCCAGACGUUUACCUUAUCCCGCGACUACAGCAGAUCCGCCUUCUUCGCCCUCAUCCAGACCCUCACCAACGCCUGCACGGGCAUGGACCGCUCGCGGCCGUACUCAUCCGUCUCGCCCAACGAAUGGCUCGCCAGCGGAGCGGCGUACCUCCAAACCCCCAUCUCCCCCUCCAUCCACGCCCUCUCCCUCACGGGCGACCCCUUCAAAUGGAGCCACGAAGCGACCCUCAUCACGCGCUACCGCCGCUUCGCAGUCACCCGCGGGGGAUACUUUGUGCUCGGCCCGGACGCCCUUCAGGAGGGCGACGUGGUGGUCCUUUUACGCGGCGGGAAGACGCCCUUUUUGCUGCGCGAGGUGCAUGAUGAUGAUGAUGGUACUGCGAGUGGUGGUGGUUCUGGUGGUGGAUGGGUUCUUGUGGGAGAGUGUUAUGUUCAUGGGCUUAUGGAUGGGGAGGGAUGGGUUGGGAAGGAGGAUGGGGGGAGGGAGGAGGUGUUUUCGAUAAGAUGA